AUGCGCUACAGGAACUGGGAUGUUCUCCUUUUUCCUGGAGGGUCCAAGGUGCCAAUUCAGGAAUUUAAGACACAAUGCUUCGUGACCAAGGACCGAGACUCGCCGUUCCUGCGCAAUCCAACUUACCUUGGCCCACAUCCACGGCAGCCAGAGCUCAUGCCUUUUAACCAACUACCGACUCUCACGACAUUCGUUCCGGGUCUGCAGAGGGAUAGCCCGUUCCAAGUUUCAAUCCACAGCUGGGAAAAACCACGACCUAGCUCCACAAUCGAGUCCAAUAUGGAGCCUGAGGAUGUCCUGCUAUUUGAGGCUCGGAUCUUCCUUGAUGGAACUUUCGUUGCUGGCAGCAUCUACGGACAGCGAACCAAAUGGCCGCAGAUAAUUGAUCAUGGUUGCAGUAUCGACCGAGAUGGUAACCCAGACUCUCUUCGCUUCCCUCCCUUUCAUCCCGAGAUUCUUCAACAGAGGCACUGGGAUGCGGGAGACUCCUUCGGCCGAAUCAAAGUUGUCAUCGCUGAAGGUUUCUCUCGCCCAAACCGCAGUCCCCCGUUCGAGCGUUUCAGACAUGUCAUUGCCUUCUCUUUUCAGCACGCACCUCUGGAUAUUCUAGAAUACUCCAACAUUGCCUGGCCUAACCCAAAAAUGUGGCUCGCAGCACCAAACGCACCUCGGUACGGAACGGCAAACAAAUAUGUCGUUUCUAAGGGAAUCGAAGACGGUGCUCAUGGUCACUCACCAACUAAGCCUGGCCGACCUGAACCUCUAAUCCCAUUUACGGCCGACAGUAGCAGCCAAUCGAGCAGCAAUAUCGCCACUUACAGCGGUACUUCCUCAAUUUACGACGCGUGGACGCCUCACCGUGGCUUCCCCAUUCCUUCCACUCAAUGGAAUGGUUACCCGCAAGGGCCUCGCUGGGAUCCGCAGGAUAUGUACAUCGCCGAUCAUGGCAUUGAGGCUCUUGUUGACGACACCGCGUGGAGACACCGAGGUGCCCGGUCCUCUCGUGAAGACGUGCCCAUGCCAGACUACGCUUCCACGGGCUCUACCAGCAGCCGAGCCCUCUCCGGCACAACUGGCUUCAGUUACGAGCAUAGCAAGCAGCCCAGCAUCGCUUCUUGUCUCGGUGACGAGCAAUACAAUGAGCUGAUCCAAGCUCUCACUCCGACAAAGGCAUCACCGGGUACUCGGGCUCCCUUGAACACCCCCUCAACUGAACCAGGUGCAAUGGGUCCCCCGAAAUCCUCUGCUGCAGCCGCAGCCCGUAUUGCGAGCUACAAAUCCCGGACUCGCCACGGAUCCGUGCUCAAGGAGAUAUCACAACCAAGUACCCGUGCCGUCUCAGGAUCGAGCGAGCCCAGAGGCGGGACUCCCUCUCAGAUGCGAGCAAGCCCAAAUGAAAAUGUUAGGGGCAGAAAGGAACGAGAUGCCAGCCAAGACACGCCCAAGGCGAAGUCUAAGGAGAACAGUAUCGUGAAGGAAAACGACAAGAUCAAUGUUGAGAUUGCGUAUGAAUCCACACGGGAUGAGACUGAGUCAAUCUUGUAG